CUUCUCUUAUUCCAAUCCUACAAGAAAACCAAUAUCUUAGAAAAAGGCUGCCUUCGUUCCUACCAAACUCACUGAUAGUUGUCUGGUAGUGUACUAGUGUCACCAUUGGAGACCCAAAUUGAGCUUUCGUUCACCGGUUGCAAUGGCUAUUAGAUCGCUUCUAAAACUUGCUGAAUCUAAAUUCAACUUCACUUCCCCUCGCUUUCCAUUACCAUGUUCAGCUAGAACAAUCUCUUCAUCCAGCGUCCCAUCUCACUUGGAAAGGGUUGGAUUCAUAGGCCUAGGAAACAUGGGAUCAAGAAUGGCAAAUAAUUUGAUUAAAGCAGGAUACAAUGUAGCAGUUCAUGACAUCAAUCUUAGUGUCAUAAAGAUGUUUUCAGACAAAGGAAUCUCUGUAAAAGGAUCACCAAUGGAGGUUGCAGAAAUUAGUGAUGUUGUAAUUACCAUGUUGCCCUCACCUACCCAUGUAUUAGAAGUGUACACAGGAUCAAAUGGUUUACUUAAUGGUGGGAAUCCAGUGAGGCCAUGGUUGUUCAUAGAUUCAUCUACAAUUGAUCCUCAAACAACCAGAAAGCUAUCUUCAGCUGUAUCUAAUUCUGCAUUAAUUGAACAUAAAGAUUCCUGGAAUACCCCUGUGAUGCUGGAUGCUCCUGUCUCUGGAGGUGUUUCUGCAGCAGAAACUGGAACACUUACAUUCAUGAUUGGUGGCCUAGAGGAAGCUUAUAAGGCUGCAGAGCCAUUAUUUUCAUCUAUGGGAAAAAAUACAAUAUACUGUGGUAGUUCAGGGACUGGUUCUGCAGCUAAGAUUUGCAACAAUUUGGCAAUGGCUGUGAGUAUGCUUGGUGUUUCUGAAGCCUUUGUUCUUGGCCAAUCUUUAGGAAUUAAAGCUGCUACUUUAACAAAAAUAUUCAACUCUUCAAGUGCUCGUUGUUGGAGUAGUGAUACGUAUAAUCCAGUACCUGGUGUGAUGGGUGGAGUGCCCUCAUCAAGAAAUUAUGAUGGUGGAUUUGCAUCUGCACUGAUGGCAAAAGAUUUGAACCUUGCUUCAGCAUCAGCUAAAGAAAUUGGUCUAAACUGCCCAUUGACUUCUGAAGCAAAACACAUGAGUUAAAAGGUGGGACGUGAUUUUUGUUUGUGCAAAAGACGAGAAUACCCUUUUUCUUAUAAUUUAAAAAUAACCCUAGAAAACUUGUUGAAUCAUUGUUAUAUUUUUGUACAGAUUUACAAAACUUUGUGAUGAUGGUCUUGGGAAAAAGGAUUUUUCUUGUGUU